UGAUAAACCUCUAAAACAAAACAAAAAUAAACUCGUGAAUUACGCUUUUUCAUUUUCAAGCGUGAAAUAUCUAUCUUUCGUUGAAAAUUGAGGGGAUCCCAAUCUUUGAUCUACCGAUCGAAAGGCACCAACUUUCCGACGACCCAUUUCUCCAUCUUCCUUGAUCUGAUGAAAUGAGGAAUCCGCAUAGCAAUGGAAACCUUCCCAAGCUGGAUGAUGGUAGAGAAUCAAACGGCUACGGAGAUGGCGUCAUCUUGGGCCUUGACGGCGGCGCCACCUCGACGGUCUGCGUCUGCGUGCCGUUUUUCCCGUACGGAGAUCGUUUCCCCGAGCCUAUUCCGAUCCUCGCUCGAGCCGUCGCCGGUUGCACCAAUCGCAAUAGCGUAGGAGAGACUGCAGCGAAAGAUUCACUAGAGCAAGUUAUUUCAGAGGCGCUUGUACAGUCCGGUUCAGAUAAAUCACAUGUCCGCGGUGUUUGCUUAGGUGUUUCUGGUGUUAAUCAUCCCUCAGACCAGGAAAUGGUUGAAAGUUGGAUAAGGGGCAUGUUCCCAAGUCAUGUCAAGGUAUAUGUUCAGAAUGAUGCUAUAGUGGCUUUAGCUAGUGGGACAAUGGGAAAGCUUCAUGGAUGUGUUUUGAUUGCCGGUACUGGAUGCAUAGCCUAUGGCUUUGAUGAAGAUGGCAGGGAGGCUAGAGCCUCUGGUGCUGGUCCUAUCUUAGGCGAUUGGGGAAGCGGCUAUGGGAUUUCUGCACAAGCCUUAACGGCGGUGAUUAGAGCUCAUGAUGGCCGUGGUCCAGAAACGAUGCUCACAAGUACCAUCCUAAAAGCGCUUGGACUUUCCUCUCCUGAUGAACUCAUCGGGUGGACUUACGCUGAUCCAUCUUGGGCACGUAUCGCUGCUCUUGUUCCUCAAGUGGUAACUUGUGCAGAAGCUGGUGAUGAAAUUUCAGAUAAGAUCUUGGUUGAUGCAGCUGAUGAUUUAGCUCUAAGUGUUAAAGCUGUUGUACAGAGACUUGGUUUAUGUGGCAAAGAUGGGACAGCUUCUUUCCCGGUUGUAAUGGUGGGUGGUGUCCUAAACGCUAAUAUGAAAUGGGACAUUGGAAAAGAAGUCUCAAAGCGUAUCAACAAACACUUUCCCGGCGCUCAGACUAUCAUACCAAAGGUAGAGCCAGCUGUUGGAGCAGCAUUGUUGGCCAUGAACUUUUUAGCUGUCAAAAACGAUGUUUCUUAAAUCUUUUUAGCACACGACAUAGUGAUCAAUUUUUUACUCUUGUUGUGGUACAUAUGUACAAUAGCACAUUAAAAAUCUCAUUGUCAAAGGCCAAAUCUUGUUAUUGUCAAGUUCCAGUUCUUGUUAUUAUUUGUGAUCUCUUGAACA